AUGGCCUCGCCUCUGCGCAGAUCGGCACGCAGCAGGAAUGCGGACGCUUCCGCCACCACGCCAGAACCGUCCGGCAUCUCGCCAUCCAACUCGCCCACCAAGGUCGACCGCAAGCGCAAGCGCACAGACGACGCGACCGAAUCUCCAAAUGGAGGCGACGAGCGCCUCGGCGAGGCGGUAAUUGAUACUGGUGCAAAGCAAACUGAUUCAGACGCUACCGACAGCUCGACCAAGCCAAGCGGUGAGGGCGCCGACGGUGCGGUCACGGCCUCACCGUCAGCAAAGCCAAAGCUACCAAAAAGUAUCCAGUCGCUUCUCGGCCUGUCACGCUCUUCACCUGCAUCUACAUCUACUGGUACAUCACCAAGAGCGACAAAGGACAUCGAGUUAGCCAUGCAGAAGGUGGACGAGCUCGUGCUCAGUGAAGAAGAUGCUCGAAAGCUAUCGACCAUUCUCGCUGCUCUGGACGGGACUGAAUGCAACACCGCCCCUCCGCAUCCCGUUGCAAAGGGCAAGUUGCGGAGCGCCAACGGCUCUGCCGAGGUCACGCCGUCGCUUCCAGAUUUGCUGCGUCCUGGUACAAGCUUGCGUGAGCUCAACGCUCAUCUGACCAGCCUUCGCGCAGCGAUCCUCGCCAAAGCCGGCAUCUCGCAGCAUUUGCGCGCAGGUCUCAGCAUAGCCCCAUCUCCAGAGGUCUCGAAGGAUCUAGCUAGGCUUUCCAGCCUCACUCUCGUUCUUGGUCUUGUCGGCCAGCUCGCGUCUAGCCUGCGUCAAGCAGAUGAUAGCGCCGAUGCACUCAAAGGCCAGCUACUGGCAUCCGUUGUGGAGCAAAGGGCAACGUCGCUGGAAGCCAAAAAUUCUCGCCAGAAGGGCAAAGCAGCUGACGGAAUGGGUGAUAUCGACCUCACACAGAUCAGACCUGCACACCCUUCGGCCGUGGAUCCAUCAGCGAACAGAUACGCCCUGCACAUGCGGCUUCCUCGAGGUGACUAUUUCACCAAAGCCAUUGCCCUCGACCAGAUCAAGCUUCGCCAACUGGACCCUGCACAGGCUGAUCUCGUGCAGAUCAGUGCGCAGAGCGAAGAGCAGAUGCGCGCUCUCAAACGCCAAGGUCUUGUACCGACGCCCACCCUUGGCCAGAGGCUAGGCAGAAGCGGUCCUCGUCAUCGCAUCGACCCGAAACGAGCAGCAUCGCUGCAGCAAAGCAAGCUGCAACCAGUGACUUUCCUCAGCUAUGGCAACUACAGCUCCUUCGCACCUACCUACGACUCGUCUGCCUCCUCUGUCAGCCACACGACUAGCAGCAACCUCUGGCGCAACUCUGCCCGCGCUCAGCGCGCCGUAUCUUUGGCGUGGGGCGAAAGACCCUUCCUGGCGUACGACGAGGAGGAACACGAUCUUGAAAUCGAUGCUCCUGCUGAGCCAUCGGACUAUCUGAACGGUAGCGUCGACGCAGAAGGCGAUGACGUGUCCAUGGACGAACGCCCAAGCGACGAGCUGGCGAGUGUUUUGCGAAGCUUGCUCGACGGCGUCAACCAAGAGGACGUCGACCAAAGCCUGACCAAGCUUAAGCAGGACGAAGUCGUCACGUCUCACCUGCGCUUCAACAUGAUGCUGCUGCAUCGCCUGCAAGAGUUCCAAUGGGCGCGGCUCCGCAGAUGCUAUCGUCCAUCGGUGAGCGGUCGUUCGAGCGCUUUCGAAGACGAGACGCCCAGUGUCGAGGAAGAAGCCACAGCUGCGCUCCUCUUGGAGUCUCUCAGCUCGCUUGUUGCACUGCGGCCACGAGCGGUGGACCUCGCUUCCAACGCUGUCGAUGGUGUGGUGCCAGACCCAAGCAAGCUGCGCGCCUUCUCCGCCAGCAGCGGCGCAAUCGAUCCGGAUCUGCUUGGCGAUGUUCGCGAUGGCUUCUGGGGAGCUUUGGACGCUAACGUUGUCAAGGUGACCAAGACGGGAAGCGUGCUCUCUGAAACACCUCUGGUGUUGCGCGACGAUGUCACCAUCCGCUUGAACGAAAGCAGCGGAUCCAGGUCGAAAAGGUCUGCGCGCAGGAUCGGUGCUGGACCCGGUCAGACCGAGGACCGUGGACGAGGUGCGCUGGAGCGGUUCGCCGCCAGCCGCGCGUACGAUCACAAGCAGGAUCGUCACGACAUUAACACAGCUCGUGCUGAUGUCGUGCCAGGGCCAUCUGCCGAACAGCGCUCCUCCCCAGCAUCUCGCAGUGAUCCGCGACCUGCCGCAGCGAUGUCGCCCAACGCCAGACUGCACUCAGGGUACGCAACGGGUGCUGACCCGGCAAUGAUGCCUCAGGCACAGCGGAGCCUUCCGGGACCCAACUCAUCGUACGCGUUUGCAAGUCCCGCCGGCGGUCUGAGCUAUCAGGGCCGUCCAAUGCCGCAGAACGCUCAAGCUUCGUUGACGCACAACAACUGGGCGGGUCAGGGUCAGCCUGCGCGCCAGGCCUGA